AUGGAUGAGGUUCCCUUGAGGGGAAGUGCAGUUGGAGAAAUCAUGAAAUACCACUACACGGAGCCGGCCCUCUUUGCGGAGCCCUUCGAGGUCACAGUGCCCAAAACCUGGGUGGAUGACAUGUCAACCUUGAAUGUGAAGCCGGUUGUCCCAACAGAGCACUUGGUGGCAUUCAUCCUGCUUCUUGCCGGAAUAUGUACAAUGGAAGUACUGUUGCAUGGAUGCUAG